ACGAGCGACGUGCCGUCUCCGCCUCUUGACCAACUGGGCGUCGAAGGACACGUUUCAUACCAGCAAGGCGAGUACCCUUCUCACCUACUCCAAACUGAACUCCGUCGAAGCGCGUAGAUAUAGCCACAUCAAAUGGCACCUUCUCUGAAGCCACUCUCCAUCGUAACCUCUCGCAUACACCUCCACCCCACUUACAUAUAUAUGUCCGUCUUCCUCGCCAGAUAGACCCAUCUCACCAAUCACCAAUUCUCUUGGUUGCUUUUCCUAUUUACCUUCGAUUCAUCAGAUAUUUCCUCCCUUAUUCGAUUAGGAGACGGCUCAUAAUCAAUUCUCGCAACUGGGUUUCCUUGCUUGUUCCAUUUAGAUUCAGAAAUCGAGCCAAAGAUGUUUCGGGUUAGCAACAAUCUGAUCGGGAUUCUGAACUUCAUCACCUUCCUUCUCUCGGUGCCGAUCUUGGGCGCCGGAAUAUGGCUGGCAAAUCGCGCGAGCACCGACUGCGAGAAGUUCCUGGAGAAGCCAGUGAUCGUUCUGGGGGUGUUCCUUAUGGUGGUUUCGCUGGCGGGGCUCGUCGGCGCGUGCUGUCGCGUGUCCUGGCUUCUCUGGUUCUACCUCCUGGUGAUGUUCCUGCUCAUCGUUUUGCUGUUUUGCUUCACGAUCUUUGCGUUUGUGGUGACCAAUAAGGGAGCAGGGGAGGUGUUGUCAGGAAAGGGGUAUAAGGAGUACAGGCUUGGGGAGUACUCCAACUGGUUGCAGGAUAGGGUUAAUAAUGGUAAGAACUGGAACAGGAUAAAGAGCUGCUUGCAUGACUCCAAGGUCUGUCAAUCUAUGGCUAAUGGCGUUGCCAACGAUACCGUCCAGCAGUUUUACUUAGAGCAUUUGUCUUCCAUUCAGUCGGGGUGCUGCAAGCCAUCAAAUGACUGUAAUUUCCAAUACGCGAGCCCGAUCAUGUGGAAUGCGACGAGCACUUCCUCAUCCACGAACCCAGACUGUGCAAAAUGGAGCAAUGACCCGAACGUGCUGUGCUACAACUGCGAAUCAUGCAAGGCUGGACUGCUGGACAACAUCAAGAGUGACUGGAAGAAGGUGGCUGUCGUCAAUGUUAUCUUCCUCAUUUUCUUGAUUGUGGUGUACUCGAUUGGGUGCUGCGCCUUUAGGAACAACAGGGAAGACAAUGCCUAUUUCAGUAGGAAGCCAUAUCCCUGAACUUUAGAUAUGUGUAGUUUAUGUGCAGAGAGACAGGUUAGGUCCUUUGUUAGUGGCAUUGUGUGUGUUAGCUGCUACAUCUACGUAGUUCCCUGUCUUGUAUAGCUUUGUCUUUCACAGACUAUCAGAGAGUUAUAUUUGGAUUUCAUUUGGUAUUUGCUCUUC